GAUCCUCACGGCCGACUUCCUCGACAUGGUUCUGAGAGCGACGUCGAACAGGCAGGUUUCCCGCGCGCACGGGAGAAAGUUGAGGAAUACGCAGGAACGCGCGCUUCUCGACAAUCGACUGAAAACUCGGAUCAUCGCGUUGAAUUGCCUGAUCUGUCGCGACACCAAGAAGAGACAUCGAAUUGCAUUUUCAAGAUACAAGAAAAUGCCAAAACGUGCUUAUCCUUUCAAAGGCGACUUGUUACCGCAGAUGAAAGUGCAUGUAGGAGAAAAGCAGGUGAAUAAUGGCGUGUCAGCUAAUCAACGGAUGCAGCAUGUCUAUGAUAGGACUUUGAAUCUGCUAAGGGCAGGUGCAAAGGCAUUCACCCACAAGUUAAACACGUCCGCGCAAAUGGACUUUGUAGAUCUAGCUUCUCCUCAACAUUCGCCUAGUAUGCUCAGAUCUACCUCCAAUCUAAAACAGAUGCUGUUGACUGACAAAUUACAACUAAAAACUAGCAACAAAGUUGUCAAUGAUUUGCGGGUAGAUCUCUGCGGAUGCAGCCGGUUGAUAGAUCGAACUACAGUAAGCGCGUGCUAUUACUGUGAUCAGGCACUGUGCUCCUCCUGUCAGUUGAUAUGCGCCAAAUGCUCAGAAUUGUUUUGUCAGAACUGCUCUGUACCUAUAUAUAAUUGCGAUGAACAAAUCAUGUGUCUAAAUUGUUAUCGAUAGUCGUCGAAAGAAAAUUUUUACGCAUUUUCUUUUAUGGUACAUUUAUACUUAUAGUUUUAUUAUUGUUCUAUUGUGAUUUUAUGAGCAUAUAAAUUAUAUAUUAUAAUAUUGUUAUUAUGUAUAAUAUUAAGAUAAUAAUAUUAAGUAGUGAUUGUGGCGCAAAGUUGUGAUUCUGCUUUCCGUGUCAAAAACUCAGAUUUAAAUCCGACUUGAAAAGCUUAAUCGCGCAUUUCAAUAUACGAUACGUUUUUUCUAUCGAAAUCUGUUGCUUUCCAUCCACAGAAUCUUAUCUUACGCGAGAGCUCAAUCGAGAUCAAAGUAUCUGCUACGUCAAAUCUUAAGUGACUUAAAAUAUACAAUGUUUCAAUUAUUAUGUUGUUGCCCGUGUGUCGAGCUUUAGCCGAUGUUGAUCGCCAUGACACUGGAAGAUUAUCAUUACCUACUAAUGUGUUGUUGAGUUCUAACUCUAAUGUGUUGUUGUCGAGAGAACCUUCGGAAUUCGGUUCAUAUUUUCAAAUCGAAUUGAUGUUUCGCAAGAGAUUACGAUUAAGCGAGUUUGUAGUUAUGCUCCUUGUGAUUCCUUAUUAAAUAUCUUGUUUAACAACA